CAACGGCGAGGAAGACGAGGGAGGACGGGCGGAGGCACCGAGGCUCACAGGGAUGUAUAGUAAACACAGGCAGAAAAAUGGCCAAAUAACACCGGCGACAUGUGGACGUUUGCUCUUCUUCAUUUCUUUUAUUUCCCUUAUCGGCGAUCUGGGAAGAGCCGGUGGAGAAAGCAGCCGAAAAGGCUUGCAGAGAGGGCGCACAGUGACAGCGCGAUGGCUUUCUCAAGGACGAAACAAGAGGGAGGCAAACAUCUCAGCUCAGACUGAGCAUCCAAUUAGAGGGGAAAUUGUGCUCUCCUCCAGCGACCUCCAACUGGUGCUACAAGUGGAACGUAACCAUGAGCUUUUGGGUGCAGACUUCACAGAGACCUACUACACAGACGAUGGACAGCCAGUGACUGUGACUAAUCACAACUACACCAAUCAUUGCUUCUAUCACGGCCACGUGAAAGGACAUCCACAUUCCUGGGUGGCCCUCAGCACCUGCUCAGGAGUCAGGGGCCUGAUAUCUUUGAAUUCUAACAAAACUUUCUACCUGGAGCCAAUGGCCAGCGUGGGUCCUCCCCACCACCAUUCAUUGCUGACGGCGGACCAACUGGAAUUUCACGGUGGAACGUGUGGUCAAGGCCAUCACAUCACAGUGUCUACACUGUCCUCUCACAUAACCAACCUCCUCAGAGCACAUCAUUCAAGGGUGAAAAGGAACACGUGGGGCACCACCAAGUACAUGGAGCUCUACAUCGUGGCUGACAACACGCUGUUUAAACGGCAGAAUAAAGACUAUGAGAAAAUCAAGGCGAGGAUCAUGGAGAUUGCCAAUUAUGUGGACAAGUUCUACAGGGCCCUGAACAUCCGUGUUCCUCUGAUUGGUCUGGAGGUUUGGACCGAUCGGGACCAAUGCAUUGUCAGCGAAGAGCCCAACGCCACCCUCUGGUCCUUCCUGCAGUGGCGACAGAAGCUGAAGUCCCGCAAGAAGCACGACAACGCCCAGUUGCUAACCGGUGUAAUUUUCAAGGGGACAACUAUUGGCAUGGCACCGCUGGAGGGCAUGUGCAGUCUGGAGAACUCUGGAGGGAUCAACGUGGACCACUCAGAGGUCUCCAUCGGCGCGGCGGCCACCAUGGCCCAUGAGAUCGGACACAACUUCGGGAUGAGUCACGACCACGACGGCUGCUGCGUGGAGGCGACCGCCGACCAGGGCGGCUGUGUCAUGGCGGCUGCCACUGGACAUCCAUUUCCCAGGGUGUUCAGCCACUGCAGCAAACGUGACCUCGACAGCUACUUCCAGAAGGGGGGAGGCAUGUGUCUCUACAACAUGCCCAACAUGAAGGACCUCGUGGGUGGGAAGAAGUGCGGCAAUGGCUUCGUGGAGGAUGGAGAGGAGUGCGACUGCGGCGAACCUGAUGAAUGCACCAAUGACUGCUGCAAUGCCAACAAUUGUACCCUGAAGGAGGAGGCUCAGUGUGCCCAUGGAGUGUGCUGUCAAGGCUGUAAGUUGAAACAGGCGGGUACGAUGUGCCGGGGCCCGGCCGGGUCCUGCGACCUGCCCGAGUACUGCACCGGGGCGUCGCCUUACUGCCCCGCUAACGUCUACCUACUGGAUGGCUCCACCUGCCAGUACGGACGGGCAUACUGCUACAAUGGCAUGUGUCUGACCCACGAGCAGCAGUGCCUGCAGCUGUGGGGCUCUGGUGCCCAGCCGGCCCACGAUGCAUGCUUUGAAGACGUCAACGCCGCAGGGAAUGCUUUUGGAAACUGCGGGAAAGAUGAGCAUGGCAACUACGUUAAAUGUGCGAAAAGUGAUGCCAAGUGUGGAAAGAUCCAGUGCCACAGUGCCGCCAAGAAGCCCAAAGGCACCAACGCCGUGUCCAUCGACACCACCAUCAAGACAGGAGGCAUGGAGGUGAAGUGUCGCGGCACCUAUGUCUACAGCACCCAGGAUGGCCAGGGCGACCUUCCCGACCCCGGCCUCGUCGUGACCGGCACCAAGUGUGGUGAGGGCAAGGUGUGUCGAGACCGCCGGUGUCAAAAUGCAUCAUUUACCGAACUGGAGGUUUGCAUCGCCCGCUGUCAUGGCAACGGGGUGUGUAACAGCAAUGGCAACUGCCACUGUAAUCGAGGUUGGGCCCCACCUUUCUGUGAGAAGCCAGGCCUCGGGGGCAGCGUGGACAGCGGGCCCAUACAGUACGACAGUCAAGUGGGCUUGGUGGUUGGCCUUUUGUUUGCCUUCCUGGUGGUCCUCCCUGCUGUGCUGAUGCUAUUCUACUGCUACCGCAUCAAGACGUCCUACUUCCACAAGUGGCUCACGCAACGAGAGAAGAGCAAGAGCAACAAGGCGGAGACAUCAUUGGAGAACGGGAAGAAGAACGGCCAUCUGAAUCCCGCCUUUCACUUAAAGGUUGUGGGACCAAUCAGCAAAGCAAGCGGCCACAAGGGGCUUCCUGCCACCAGCAAAGAGGUCCUUCCUCUCCGUCCAGGACCACCGGCCGCCGGCACCCAGCCGGUCAACAUUGUGCGACCCAUCCCAAAGGGGUCACGCCCACCUCUCCCGGCAGGCAAGCCCCCCAGGAGGAAAUCCCUGCCACCCCCGCAGCGUUUAAGCCCGCCCAAGAAGCCCCUUCCCCUAAACCCGACGCGUUCCCCACUGCUAGUGUCUGAGCUGCAGCCCAGAUCAUCCCCCUUCCCACCGCAGAGGCCCCUACCCCUCAGUCCCACCAGGGGAACCUCACCUACAGCGAGUCCGGUUCGUGUGCUGACCUCAAAACCUCCUCCAAGCCUGUUGGUUGUGAUGCCCCCGGCAGGAGGACUCAGACCUGUGGGCAAAGUCUCAGCCAUCCCCCCUCUCAGAGCUCUUAGACCGGUCCCAGGUGCCAAACCAAACACAUCCUCACCGCCAUCAUGAAGAUGACCUUCUCCCUGGCCCCGCGCGCGGCCCUCCCCUCCAAAGCCUAUUUGCACUAAAGCAACGUUGCCGUGUUGGUCGACCACAGAGAAGCGGCAGGAGGAGGACAAUGUCAAAAGAAACAAAAACGGACAAGAAGAAGAGAGAGCACUCCAAAUUUAGCCACACUGACGCAGUUUUGCACGGAGGCCUUGCAGACUGAGACAUUUUGCCAAAACAGUUCUUUUUCACAUCAUUUUUUAAAAUAUUUUUUCGUAGCUCUUGUCUUGUUUACAAUUGUUUUUAGGAUUUGUGUUCUGUGCCAAAGAGGUCUCUCCAUGCCUGGGGUGGUUUGUGUCCACAAUUGCUUGAAAAUCGUCUCGAAGAUCAUGUUUCAUUAUGUUUACGACAAGUCCACUGAUCAUCAUAAUUUAUUGUAUCGGAUGAGGAAAUAAUGACAGCACUGUUGUUUACAUGUGAAUGCAGCACAUCCACGCCACUCGCAUUGAUUUGAAUGUCUUUUGCGUUGUCUUGAAAUGUUACAUAAAAUAUUUUUUACAAAGCUGUCAUUUGUGUCGUAAUUAAA